AUGUCACAGACUAUCGUCCUCCCAGGUGACCGACUAUAUCUACCCGAAUCAUCUUCUGUGACGCUAGGACCAGGUAUAGCAUCAUCCUCUCGAUCCGGUAAUUCAACUUCGGACUCACUCAUCUUCAUCGCGACAAAGCUCGGGGUGUUGAGCAGUGUCAAAGGGAAGGAGAAAGCGCGGAUAUGGGUGGAGACGAGAAGUAAGCGAUACAUCCCGGCUCAGAAAGAUCUGAUCAUAGGAACUAUCAUCGCUCGUCAUGCCGAAGGCUAUCGAGUGGAUAUAGGAAGUGCCCAGAUGGCACAGUUGGACGCUUUGGCUUUUGAGAGUGCUACGAAGAGAAGUAAACCUAAUCUCAAGAUAGGAACUCUAGUCUAUGGUAGAGUCACACUGGCCAAUAGGGAUAUGGAUCCGGAGAUCGAAUGUUUUGAUCCGUCUACGGGGAAAAGUGAGGGGUUUGGGGAAUUGAAAGAAGGUCUGAUGGUAGAGUGUAGCUUGCAGUUAUGUAGACAACUUCUCAAACCCAAAUACCCCCUUUUACUAGCCCUCGCCUCACAGGUCAAAUUCGAAAUCGCCAUCGGUCUCAACGGUCGGAUCUGGCUUAAAGCGCCUUCGGUAGGAGAGACUAUUGCGCUGAAACGGGUUAUAGAAGGUGUGAACGAGGGUAAGGUGAAGGUGGAGAAGGAUGAGAUUGUGAAGUUGGUCAAGGAGUAUCUGGCAUAA